ACUCUGGAUGCGUACUUCUAUAUAACUAUAUAGUAUGUAUGCGCCACUUCUAUAUAACUCUGGAAAUAGAGGCAAGUUGUAUGCGCCACUGAAACUGUGUGGGCUCUCCCAUCUCUAUGACUAUAUAACUACUAAAAGCUCACUAGAUUGGAACUCUCCUCAAGAAAGGAACACAAGGUGAUCUCCACAAGUACGAAACUCGGUAGCCUCAACGUUGAAGAAAGCAGACGAGAAUCCUUCACAAUCUGAUGGCUAUCCUCAUAUCUUCCGUUACUUCCAAAGCCUUGGUGCCAUACAUUCCAGAUGUUUCUAGGCAGCAACGGGACAGGGGUAUAUCUUUAUCAGCUCAACGCCGGCAGACCUCUGCCGGCGUAACCAUGAAGCCUUGGGGCAUUAACCGUGACCAGCCGAUAAGAAGAGCAACACAAAUCCGUGCAGUUGGUCCACUAGGCCCCGGAGAACUGGCAGCAGGAGGCAAUUUCUCAUUGCCCGACCUAUUUAGCAACAUACCUUCAUGGGUCACAUUUGUCGUUGGUGCCUUCUUUGCUGCAGUACCUUUUUACAGACAGCUGAGAGUAAUGGAAGAUAAGGUGCAGCAGACGGCAGAGGCGGCAAUCCAGAUGAUCGACAAGGUGGCGGAGGCAACUGAAAAAAUUGCCGAAGAUGUCGCUGAAACAUUUCCCGAGAAUAAAACCCUAAAGAAGGCAGCAACCAAGAUCAAGGCCAUCGCAGAUGAGAUCGAGGAGGAUGUUGACAAGGCUGAGGCACUACUUCGUAAGAUUGAUCAGCUAGAGGAAAAGAUGGAUAAAGUAGUUGAUUCCUUUACGGAGAAGAAGCCGGAGAGAAAAAACCCAUGAGGUUGAGGCAAAUGGGGCCGCGAAGAAAAGCAACACUUACUAGUAGUAGGUGUUAAAAAAGUAGAGGGAAAUUCAUGAUUCAUUGUCAUUAUUUCGAUCGCUGUAUAUUUGCAGCCUGAAUCUUCUUAUCCUGAAAGGAAAUGAUCAACUGGUAACGCCCGAUCUUGUUU